UUUCGCUUCUUCCUUCUAGGCACCUUCUCUCCUCUUCCUCAGCAAGACGCAAAAUUUCAAUCCUACAGAGUACAGAGGCUACAGUUGCAGAUCAUCAGAGAGAGAAAGAUUCUAGUUGAAUAAUCAAAUCAAUGGAGGACAGUACUAGUUCCCCCAAUUCUUCCGCCGAUGGUCUCAAGAAACGUGUCAUCAAGGUUUUCAAGGAUGCGACCAAAGACUGUGAGGACAAGGUCUUGAAAAAAAUGUUUGACUCCAUUGGCGACUAUGACUCCCUUAACAACUAUGCCUUUCAUGUCUUCAGAACAUUGGCAAAUUCCGGCAUCCCUGAGGAAGCCAAAGAGCUCUUUAAGCCAAAGAGCUCUAAGUUGGCUGUACUGCCUGACGUGGCCAUCUUCACCAUUGUCAUUCGGGACUAUGCCAAUGCCGGCAAGGCCAACGCUGCUCACAAGGUCUACCAGCAAAUGAUAGCCGCCGGUGUCGCCCCCACCUCCUGCACUUACUCUAUACUCAUCACGGCACUUGCAACAGACUCGUCUUCUGAUGUCAAUUUUGUUGGGUAUGCCAACAAGUACUUUUUGGAAAUGUUGGAUAAGGGGAUGAAGCCCCAUUCUGCCUCCUGCGUGACUGUUGUCGACGCCAUUGCCUGCCGGGAGUCAGUGGAGAAGGUCAGGGAGUUCCUUGAGCAGAUACAAGCAAAGGGGUUCGUCCCUGAGUCCAAAAUUUUUCAGCUUGGAGAAACCCACCUUGAAGAAGCAAUGAAAAAAAUGAAGAUGAAUGAUGAUCUCAUCACCAAUACCACUGACAAGGAUGUGCAAAAAGUAUUCCGCACGUGGAACACCAAGCCGGAUUGCCUCUACAAAAAGGCGUUGAAGAUGUACAAGGCUUUGAUUGAGGAUGGCAAUGCAGAACAGACCAUGGAGCUUUAUAAGUGCGUUGUUGAGAUGUGUAUGCAGCCCAUGGUUGUAGUGCACACCUCCGUUAUUGAAGCCUAUCUCAAGUUUGGCAAGACCAAGGGUGCUCUGGAGGCAUACUACGGCAUGUUAGCUGCUGGGGUUGCCCCAAACUCCUACACUUACACUGUUCUAAUCAAGGGACUCACUGCUGACCCCAACUUCUCUGGAGAUGCCAAGAAGUGCUUGCUUGAGAUGAUGGACAAGGGGAUGAGGCCUAAUGCUGCCACCUACACUGCUGUGAUAGAGAGCUUUGCAAAGCAAGAGGAUGAGGCAUCUGAGGAGGAGUGCAAAGAGUUGGUGGAGGUGAUGAUGGGUAAGGGGUUUGUGCCAAAUGCAAAGGCUAUGAUGGAGGUUCUAAAGGGAAGACCAAAAGCUGUGAUAAGAGGGGUCAUGAACAUUGUCAUUUCCAAGUUGAAGGGCUGAUGCUUUGCUUUAUGAAUUUUUGCAAGCUGCUUUAGGAUUAGGAUGUUUCAGAGAUGGGGUAGUUAGUCAGAGUAGGAAAUCAUGUAGGAUUCAGUUUGAAGAGGGAUUUGGUGCUGUUCUCUAU